GAUCUCAGAACUAGUUGUUGGAGUCAUCGGCAUCAUCGGAAACCUUUUGGUAAUCACUGUUCUCUUUCAGCGGCGUGCUAAGAGCCGAUCGACCGAUACCCUCAUAGGCGCACUUGCUGUGGCGGAUCUCUUGACCUCGGUUGGACUACUUCGCUUUGCUGUACCGUACGCUAAAACAGUUCCUGUAUCUUGGAUCGGACAGGUCUACUGCAGAAUGGUCUAGUUGCCAAUGUACAUGUGGGUGUGGGCCUAUAUGUCAGGGUUCGUGCUGACUGCCAUCUCUGUUGAGCGCUACAUCGCGGUCACGCACCCGAUCUACUUCAACAGGAUCUUGACCAGACGGCGAGUAUCAGAGGUGGUUGUCAGUUUAUGGAUCUUAUCUAUGUUGGUCUGCAUCCCUUCUGCCUUUGUAACUGAUGUGGACAAAGUCAAUCGCCGAUGCAUAAUUAGGAGAUCGCCUGUCUUUAAGAAGGCAUUCGCUUUCUAUGCUACAAUCGUCCAGUUGGUCAUUCCGGCAGUCAUCAUGGUCGUAACUCAAACCCUAAUCGCCAUCAAGCUCAAAGCCCAGUCAAUGCGCUUCGAAUGUUCUAAAUCGUACCAUGUCGCCGCCAGCAGAGCAGUCAUCAAGAUGAUGUUCAUCGUUAUCAUUGCGUACAUUGUUUGUUGGACACCCAACCGCUUCUUUCUGUUGAUCACAACCUUGUUCCGUAUUCAGUCAAAAACCUCAAGUCGGAUUUCCCAGGGCUUCGUUGUUCUUGCUGCCGUCAACUCCAGCAUCAACCCCAUCAUCUAUAGCAUCCGUUACCAGGAGUUCCGCAAGGCUGUCAAGGUACUGUUUGCAGGAGGGAAGGUUCGAAGUAAAGCGAUGUUCGAUACUGACAUCAAUACAGACUCCACGAGUGAUGGGACUGUUUAA